AUGGCGCCGGUGCUGGAGCUGUGCGGUGCUGUCGCCGCCGCCGCGUCCGGCGCAUGGCGACGGUGGUACCUGCGGCUUCCAUUGCUGCUGGGCGGGGGCCUGCUGGCAUUUGCGGCGGCCCUGGGGCUGCUGCUGGCGCCGCUACUGGAGCGGCUGGUGCUGCCGGGCCUGGUGUCCCAGGGGCGCGAGCUCAUGCAGCGCGAGAUCCGCGUCGGCGGCGUGCAGCACGUGAGCCUGGUGGGCGGCCUGCUGGGCCUGCGGCCCCUCCUGGCGCUGCGUGACAUCUACGUGGGCCCGGGCCCUGUGGAGCGCAGCAGCGCGGAAGUCGGCGUCGUUGCGCUGACCUUCGCGCCGCUGACGUCACUGGCGCGCGGCGAGGCGGUGCUUGGGGUGCAGCUGCGGGGCGCCGUGGUGACGGCGGUGCAGGCGGCCAACCUGUCGUGGCUGGGGUACCCCCAGGACACAGUGCCCUCCAGCAGGGACCUGCUGCCAGGCCUGAGCAGCGGCGGCGGCGGCGGCGGUAGCGGCGGAGAGGGCGCAGGUGCGGCCUUCGAUAACAGCGAGCCCUCGGCGGCGCAGGGGCAGGCGCAGGCCCGCGCAUCUGGUGCAGCGGGCCGCUCGCCGCCGCUUGCGUCGCUGUCGGCGCCGCAGCCGCCAGGGAGGCAACGCGGGGGCGCCGGGACGCUGGAGCGGACAGGCGCUGCGGCUUUGCGGCCGAAGCAGCAGCGGCAAGAGCAGGCGGGACGGGAGCAGCAGCGGCCGUCGCCGGGUGCGGUGCCUGCAGACCCCAGCGGCAGCCAGAGUGACGCCACCGCGGAAGAGGACAGUGACCAGCAGCUGUGGGAGCGCCGCGGGUCUCACGCCCAGGCUGGCACCAGCAGCGCCUCUGAUACGCCAGACCUGGAGUCGACCCUGCGCUGGCGGUGGCGCAAAAAGGGGGAGGGGCGCGGCGCGCCUCUCCCGCAGAACGGGGGCGCUGCGCGGCUAGCGCCUGGGCGCGAGGGGGUGCGGCUGCUGGGCUCACGGCUGGCGCUGCCACAGAGCGCUGCGGAGACCGAGGAGGUUGGCGCCAGCGAUGACGAGUGGAGUGGCACCACGAGCGGCGAGGCGGGUGGGGCUGCGGCCAGACGGGUGGGGGUGGCCCCUACCACGGAAGCGUCCGCGGUGUCUGACAGCGAUGUGCAGGGCAGCAGCGACGGGUCAGCGGAGGUUUCACCUGCAGCGACGGCCGCUGUCGCGGAAACGGCGGUGAUGGUGCCGUCGGAACCACCAGGCGGCGGCGCGGACCGCUCGACGGCAGCGUUGAGCACGGCGGCCCAGGCCCCAGUGCCGGAGCCCCCUGCCGGCCCCGCGCGCCCCCCUCUGGUGGUGCAGCCCUACAUGAGAGUGCCGCCCCCCUCCCUGGCGGAGCGGGCCGGCAGCUUCCUGGCCGGGCGCGCUGCGCACGCCGCCUCUGGCGCCCUGGCGGUCGCCUCGCGUGCUGCGGCGCGUGCGGGCGGCGCGCUGGCCGCGCGCCUGCCGCCGGUCCACCUGGGGCGCAUCACGCUGGCGGACGGGCGGUUGAACGCGGUCGUGUUUGGGGAGCCCAUCCCCCGCGUCGUGGAGGGCAUCGGCGCCAUGGCGCGGCUGGCGGCAGGGUACCAGCGCUUUGAGCUGGACCUGGAGGGAGCGGCGCGCGCGCGCGACCCGCGCAGCAUCAAGUGCACCGUGGUGUCGCCCCACAGCAAGCGCCACCUGCGGUACGUGACGCCCGGCGUGGGGCCGACGCUCGCGGGGCCGGCGCGGCGGUUCACAUGCGACGUGCUGCCGCGGCCGAGCGCGGAGGACGCGGAGGUCGCUGCUGCGGCUGCGGCAGGCGACGGACCGGAGGGUGCCUUGGCGCUGGGCGGCGGCGAGGAGGGCGGGGAGGUGUGGGCAGACGGCGGGGCAGUAGGGUCAGGGCGCAGGGAUGAGGCGGCGUCUGCUGGGACGGCGCUGCUGACGCGUCAGCCGCCGGCGCAGGACCCUUCCUUUCACUCCUAUCCCCACCAGCAGCAGCAGCCGCAGCAGCACCAGCAGCAGCAGCAGCAGCAGCAGCAGGAGCAGCAGCAGGAGCAGCAGCAGCAGCAGCAGCAGCAGCAGGAGCAACAGCCUCAGGGGCACGAAGGAACCCCGGUGGCGGCGGCUGUGGCGGCAGCAAGCGACGUGGACGGAUUGGUGGGCAAUGGCAGCCCUCCUGGGGUGGUGAUGCCGUGGGAGCAGCACCAUCAUAGCCAUCACCAGCAGCAUGCGGGGGCGGAGGACGACCCACAUUGGCAGGAGCUGGCCCGGCUGCAGCAGCAGGAGCGUUUCCCGCGGCAGCAGGCGCUGCAGCGGCAGCCAUCAUCACAACGGCAAGUCCAGCAGCAGCCCCUGCAGCAGCAGCAACAGCAGCAGCAGCCCCUGCAGCAGCAGCAACAGCAGCAACAGCAGCAACAGCAGCAACAGCAGCAACAGCAGCAACAGCAGCAACAGCAGCAACAGCAGCAACAGCAGCAACAGCAGCAGCAGCAGCAGGAGGAGGACACAGAUGAUGAGGGCUCCCAGGCCGGGCCGCAGGGAGCCUCGCAAGCAGCCGGCAGCGGCGGCGGGGGCCCCUUGGCGCCGCCACCAUAUGUGGCGCCCGAGCCGCUGCACCUGGGCCCCACCGGCCAGGCAGCAUUCAACCAUACGGUCCACUUCCAAGCCGACCUGCCGCCCUCAGAGGCAGCCGCGCCGCCCCCUGGCCCUGGCAGUGGGGGCCGGCUGCGCGUCAAGGUGUCCCACGUCAUGCCCGCCCAGCCUGACGGCGCGAUGGACCUCCGCAUAUCUGUGUUUGGCCGCGGCCUCCACGCCCCCCUGAUAGACCGCCUGGUGGAGCUGCCGAUGGACAUCAACGCGGGCGUGGUGGACGGGGACUUCCACGUGCGCGCCUACGACACGCCCACGUGGGACUUCCCCGCCAUCACAGGGAAGAUUGCGUGCUCAGGCGUGGACCUGCACUUUUGGGACGCCCCUGACGACAUCCUGGGGGCCUCCAUGGACCUCGUGUUUGAGGGGGACAGGGUCUACCUGCACAGCGCACGCGGCCACUUUGGGGCGGUGCCGCUGAGGGUGAGCGGUGACCUGGACCUCAACCCCAAGGGGGGCUCCUACCGCAUCCAGGCCAACGUGCCGCCGGUGGAGGUGAACGCGCUGCGCGCAACACUGGCGGUGCGGCCCAUCCCCUUCCCCGUAGCGGGCGCCGUGCGCGGGGUGCUGCACUGCACGGGGCCCCUGGAGAAGCCCAUCUUUUCAGGCUCCGCCAGCGCGGUGCGGCCGACGCCGGCGAUGCUUGCGGGCGUUGAGGACACGCCGGCCCUGCGCGUUCUGCUGGCGGAUCCCUCCGCUGUGGUGGCGUACGACCACGUUGCGGCGGGGGCGGCUGCGGGAGUCUUCACGCUGGACCUCUCAACAGAGAUGUUCGUGCUGCACUCGGGGCAGGCGGUGCCCGCAGGCGGCGGCCUGGUGGUGGCCACGGGCAAGAUGUGGGUGGCGCCCGCCGCGGAGAGCGACCCGCGCGCCAUCAGCAUGCAGGCCGUGGGGGAGGGCCUUUCACCCGCUGCCCUGGCGGCCGGCUACCUGCCGCCGGGCACGUCGCCGCCGCCCGCGCUGGCCAGCGUGGGACCCCUCAACGUGCGCGGCUCGCUGGAGGGCUCCCACCUGGCGCCCGUCGCCCGUGCCCAGUGGCUCGCGCCCUCCAGCGGCGUCGCCGGCAGCGCCACCCUGGGCCCCACGCGUAUGUCUGGGGAGCUGACGGGCCCUUCCUUCAGCCUGCGCGCCACGGCGGACACCAGCGCGCCGCACGCUGACCUGGCGCGCGGCGCGGACACCCAGGCGGAGGCGACCUACUGGGGGGCGCCGCGCGUGGAGGGCGUUGAGGUGGACGCCACCCUGGCGGGGGCGGACCUCAGCCAGCUGGCAGCGCAGACGCCACCCCAGCAGCAGCAGCAGCAGCAGCCGCAGCAAGAGGAGCCGCAGCAGCAGGGUGAGGGCGCAGCAGCGGGCGGGGGCAGCGAGAGGGGGCAGGGGGACGGUGGCGGCGAGGGGGCGCUUGCGGCGGUGCAGCACCAGGUGCAGCAGCAGCUGGGGGGCCGUGGCGGCAGUGCAGGCACCGGGGGUGGCAGCGGCAUCGGUGUUGGCGGCGGGGGGCUGAUGCUGCCUGCGGGGCGCGCGGACGCCCUGCAGCAGCAGCUGGGCGGCGCCGCACCGAACCCCACUGGCAGCGCCGGCGGCGGCGGCGGCGUGCUGCCCGUCGGCGGCCCCGGCGGCCCCAAGCUGCGCCUGAGCGGCCGCCUGCGCCUGUCCGCCAAGCGCGACGAGGACGAGGCGCGGCGGCGGCAGCAACUGGGCGCGGCCGGGGAGGCGGGCGCGGGCGCGAGCCCCUAUCUGUUCACGGGGCCCCUGACCCUGGAGGGCCUGCGGCUGAACCAGCUGGCCCUGGCGCGCUUCCUGGCCGGGGACGUGGCGCUCACGGAGCCGCGGCUGCUGCUGCGCGCGAGGGGGGGCAGGGCGGACGAGCUGGUGGAGCUCGACAUAGCGCUGCCCGCACCCAUGGACAGGGGGGGACCCGGGCCGGACGGCCACGUGCCCGCGCCGACCUACUGGCCGGAGGGCUUCGCACCGCCGCAGCGGAGCGCCCCCAGCGGCGCCGGCGCGGGCGCCACGGCACGCGCCUGGCCGGUUACAGCGGCGGCGGCGGCGGUGCGGGUGACCGGCGUGAUGAGGAGGCUGAGCAGCGCGUGA